UGGCUACGCUUACUUCUAUGCGAUGUUCUUGUACAUUAUUGCAGAAGCGCAAAUCAGGAACGGCGGUAGAACCUGUCUAAAAUUAAUGAAAGUUCUAUCAAAUAUAUUGACUACUCUUUCUGAAAUGGUUCACAUUUUUAUAUUUUAUCUUUGGUUUUCAGUUGGGUAAUGCAGGAAAAUGCAGUGUCACCGUGUCAUUAAAGUCGUUAAGUUUCGUAGAUCACCAGGGAUGUUUAACGUUUCAAUGCGUUAUCUUCCGUGACACCAGUCUUGCGGGCAGAACAGCUGACACGGUAGCUUUUACUUUGUGUCAGGAUGGAUCCGAUCGCUAAAGGAAAAUUAGCCGUCGAGUCACUGAAAAGUUUUGUAAACAAUAGUUUGUCCAAUAAAGAACCAUGGCAGAUAGUGACAAUGACCACUGGAGCGGUAUUGGCAAGCGUUUGGUUUUUCGAUUUCAUCAACCAAGAUGAAAGCGUUCCAUCCCGUUUAAAGAAGACCGUGUUUCGAUUAGCAAGGAAAAUACCAGCAGUUGCCAGGAGAAUUGACAGUGAGAUGAGUAAUAUGAGAAAGACAUUCGAAGAUGAGGUCAGACAUCGCAAUGAGAAAAUUGACUACAUCACAAAUUUGCCAGAGAGUGGAAAAAACCGCGAGGAAAUACUCAAACAAGUCAAAGCCUAUUUGGAACUAGGAGACUACGAUUGGAAAAAAGGAUAUGUUUCAGGAACAGUGUACUUUCAUAAUCCUGAACUUAUUGAAUUACUUACUGAAGUUUAUGGUCUUGCAUCCUAUACAAAUCCACUUCACCCUGAUGUUUUCCCCGGUGUCUGCAAAAUGGAAGCAGAGGUGGUUAGAAUAGCUGCAAAUCUCUUCCAUGGCUCCCCCUCUGCAUGUGGAACUAUGACGACAGGUGGAACUGAAUCUAUAUUGAUGGCAUGCAAAGCAUAUCGUGACUAUGCAAAAUUUGAGAGGGGUAUCAAACAUCCAGAGAUUGUUUUGCCAAAAACAGCCCAUCCAGCAUUUGACAAGGCUGCAUUGUAUUUCGGCAUGAGAAUCAAACAUGUUCCUGUUGAUCCUGUCACCACCAAAGUCAAUAUAAGGGCAAUGAAGAAUUCUAUCAGUAAAAAUACAUGCAUGCUAGUUGGAUCAGUGCCAAACUUCCCCUAUGGAACUAUGGAUGACAUUGAGGCUAUAGCAGAAUUAGGAAGGAGAUACAACAUACCUGUACAUGUAGAUGCCUGCUUAGGAGGUUUUGUCAUUGUCUUCAUGCAAAAAGCAGGCUACAAAUUACCACCAUUUGAUUUUUCUGUUCCUGGAGUUACAAGUAUAUCAGCAGAUACACACAAGUAUGGAUUUGCACCAAAGGGAUCAUCAGUUGUUUUAUAUUCUGAACCAAAGUACCGUCACCAUCAGUUCACUGUUACCACUGAUUGGCCAGGUGGUGUAUACGGGUCUCCGUGUGUAAGUGGCUCCAGGGCAGGAGGUAUUAUAGCAGCUUGCUGGGCUACAAUGAUGUACUUUGGCUUAGAUGGUUAUGUUGAGGCAACAAAAAAAAUUGUAUCCACAACAAAGAAGAUUGAGGAAGGAUUGCGUAAAAUGAAAGGGAUAUUUGUUUUUGGAACUGCUGACACAUCAGUGGUAGCAAUUGGCUCCAAUGAUUUUCAUAUUUAUAGACUGUCAGAUGCAAUUACUAAACGUGGUUGGAAUAUUAAUGCACUCCAGUUUCCGCCUGGAAUGCAUCUCUGUGUAACUUACAUGCAUACUGCUGAGGGAGUUGCUGAGCGAUUCUUGUCAGACAUUCAGGAAGAACUAGAAAAGAUCCUGAAAGAACCUGUUAAAGAAGUUGGGGGAAAGUUUGCAGUUUAUGGUAUGUCACAAAGUGUUCCUGAUCGUUCUAUUGUGGGAGAUUUCACACGAUGUUUCCUGGACUCUAUGUACUACACACCUAGUCAACCUAAUGGUACAGGAAAUUCAAAGAGUGUUGUAUAGGUUUGUGUCUUACUUUCCACAAGAGAUGAGAUUCUAACAGAAAAGAAAGAACAGAAAACUCAGUGACCUGAGGAUUUUAAUUUCGUGUUGUCUUCAUAUCUAGUGCUUGUUCAGUAUAUAUUAGCACCAAAGAAGUAUUAGUGUACCUAUUAAAAUAUUGGAAAACAGUAUUCUAGGUGAGAAACAAUUUUGUAAUUGUGAUUCUUGAAUAAUUUCAAAGUAAAAUAAUAUGCUAAGGCUACAGCAUAGAAGAAAAUUUUGAGUGCCUUUUGACAGAAAUAAAGCCACAGCUGAACUAUAUUUUAAGAAUGCUAUGUUGGUCUGUAUCUAUAUUUGUAACCAGUGUUAUUGUACAAUGGCUGUUUCUAUUCUCCUUCAAGUAUCUAUCCUUAAUAACAGAGAUAAGUGUGUGCCAUACAAUCUAAUAUUCACAAUAUGUACCACAUUUAUUAUAUUUUAUUAUUCCUGUAUUAUAUAUUUUGUAUACUAUAUGAAUAUAUGUAAGUUUUUCUAUUUUACAUAAGUGUUUCCAUUCUAUGGUUGCCAAUUGUGUACAGCAGAAUUAUAUUGUUAUAAAAAAAAGUUGUUAAAAUUUCAGGUUGUUAACUUACUUUGAGAGUUUACAUAUAGGGGUAUGUAAUGUUUUGGGAAUUGUCUGAUUUUGCAUGACUGAUAAUGUCUGAGGUAGACCUGCCUGAAAUUUUAGUUAUCAGGAAGAACAAUGAUCACAAAUACAGUGAUGUGUUUACUCUGGUUUGUAGUGUCUAGUAACAAGUUAUCUGCCAUUUAUUUCUUGGGCAGUACCAAUACAAACUUAACAAACCCAUUGAAAACCUUGCAGAGCCGGUCAAGGUUGUAGUACCUCAGUGUGAUAAGUAAACAGUUAAGCACAGAAACUGAGUCAUUUGGUGAACAUGGGAUGUUAAUAGAGCAAUGAAUCAAUGUAAUUUCCUGUCUUUCAUUGUGUUAAAUAUUUGACUGAUGAAAUUUAUGGAAGUACAUAUUUUUUAAAUGUGUAAUACUCAUGCCAGAGUUGUGAAAUUUACUGUAUGAACAUGUCUUUGAUUUUGUGAAUUUCUAUUUUCCAAACUAUGGCAUUUACUAAUAGAAAAGUGAUGCAUUUUAAUGCAAGUUCUGUUCUCAUAAUUGAUGCUCAUGUCAUUGCUUCUUACUGUGUUUUUAACCUUGCUACUCGAUAAAGUAGCUAAUGGUACAUUUGCAAUAUUCUAAAAAAAUUUAGCCUUUUACUGUUUACUUUAUAUCAUGUGCUAAUAUAUCUUUUUUUCUUCCAAAGUACUCACAAUAAACAGUUAACAUAUAUUUGCAUUUUAAAGAAUACUAGGUAUGGUAAAUGGUCCAUUUUGCACACUUUCUUCUGUGGAAUUCAUGCCCUUGAGAUAAGAAAAAUAAGAUAUACAUUGGAUUUAUGGCUGUCCCCACAGAAAAGCACCUUCAUAUUUGGGAAUGAAAGAAGGUGCCAAAGAGACUAAGUUAUGUUUUAUUUUACUCAAAUUCCUUCACACCUAAAUAAGUGACAGUUCUUGUGAUGGCAUGUGUAGCAGCAGAAAGGCAAGUUUUGAUUUUGGACAUUAUUUGAACACUUUUUCUCUACAUGAAUACUUCUUGUGGAAAUGUAUCAUCUGUUAAAUUAAAGAGGCUGUGGCUUUCACCUUGGUUGAACUGUUGGAGGACAAAAAGGAGGGGGGGGGGGGGGGGGGAGCGAGAACAGCAGUGCCUCUCCUGGUUGUUCCAAUGCAUUAUACGUUAAUGCGAAAUUGUUUGUAAUAUUGUGAAAAACCUGAUUCUAGGUACUAUUUCUGUCCCUAAAAAGGAGGUUUUGAGAGUUUUCUUUUAUCACUUACCUAGCUGCCUCAAUGUUCUGUUGUGUCCAAGAAUGAAGUGUCUCUCUGAUUACUGAACAAAUCAUUUUGAAUUCAUCACAGCUAUUCUUGCUGAUUGUAGAUUAUGAUUGAACGGAUCCCAGGAUGUAUUUAUUGCUAUCUUUGGAUGUAGUGCUCCACACUUAAACUUUCUUUGAACUGAUGAAAGAUAAUUAUAUGUAAAUUAUGUCUUGAUGGCUGCAUGAGGUGUAGCAGACACGAUAGCAGUCACAGUUGUAUCGUUCUUCAUGACAAAGCUGAGGUUCUUUCAUUGUAGAGUGAAUAUGAAUUAACCAUGAGUACGUAGAAUGAUUUUGAGAGAGCAGCAAAUAUUUUUGGCGUUUGUUGUGCUGUGAAUUUGAAUGUUUCUCAGAGAUCUCAACUGAGAAGUCUGCAACCCAACAGCAAUAGGUUGCUCCUGACAUGUAUGGGUAACAGGUCACUGCAGAAAGUUAUGCAAGUUGUGGAAAGGUUCACUAAACUCACAACUACUUCUUACGUAACAUUAUGAUUGGCUCAAAACAGAAAUUAAUAAAGAAGGAGGCAGAGAGAUCUCUUAGGCAAAAUACUCACUGAAGUAAAGGCAAAAUACUCUGUAUUUCCAAAAUAAAUCUGUAAAAAAAAAAAAAAAAAACAGUAAAAUAAUUAUGUCAUUGUACAUCUAGCUAAGUAUUGAACCCU